AUGACUGAAGUUCCCAGAGUGAAGGAUCUCAAAGUUCCAUUGAAGAAAAACCACCCUGAUACCAGGAUCAAAGCAUUUCAGCACAUUGAAGAUGAAGCAACCCUUGUACCACUCUAUGACACGCAUACAUGUCGUUGGAACUGGCCACUCCCAGAGUCACAUUUAGAUAAACUCGCUGCCAGUGGGGAGAGAAGUAAUCAGGCAAGAGAGAACAGUAGCAUGGACCAGGGAGAGAGGGAAGGAGAAAAUAGUGGUGCCACAGAUCAGAGGUCGGGAGAUUGGGAUAUCAUCGAUGACACUGGUGCACCUGCUGCCUCUGAGUCACAGAUUGAGAGUCUUAGCCAGCCUGAGGACGACAUAAUGUCAACAAAUGCCAGCUCUGCCAGUAGUGACAAAGCCCCAGUGCUCCAUGCAAUUGACCGCAAUUCUACAAAACCAUGGAUGACCGAACAGGUUUUUGCAUCCUUCAAUAACCUUCUUACCUUUGCCCUCCUCCUGCAGAAGCCUGCACUUGCUCAGAAGCACAACUUAUCUCAUAUCUGGAGUGCAUCGAACUCCUUGUCCAUAAUAUGUGGCGAUGAAAUCGCACGCAAACCAGACCUCACCCUGCUUGAUGAUAUCGAGGCUAGAUGGGAUACAAUCAAGGCCAUAUGUGAGCUGACUUCAAGUGCCUACUUACCUUCACAUCCCCUUGCCAAAACUCUUGACACCAAGGCUUACCUGCUUCUCAAACACCAACUGUGGAGACAUUUUGCACUGUUGGUCUCCAUUUGCAAUGGGUAUCGCGAGCUUCGCAUCCAUCUAUAUGACCACUCGGGCGGAGUUGUCAGCCCUUGCACACAUAUCAAUCGAGAGCUGGACAAGUACUUAUGGAUAUUUUCAUCCAUUGUCUUCGGCAAUCUCGAGUGUAUCAGACUCAACCCCACAAUUACUAUCUUGAAACACAUGCUUCAUCGCAUACUUCGAUCCCCUGAUUUCCGUGUUGCCAAACCCUCACCUUCUCCUCACCAGACUGCUGAAGUGAUCCCAGAUGCACUGAUCAUGGAGAGCGAGACCACCGAGAUCGAAGAGAUCGUGAGCGAGCCCUCACAUACCAUAGAGGAUGCGGUGCCCAACCCCACAGCCAACAUCCCUCCAAACCUGGUUCCCCUCAUAGACAAAGUCCCUAGCGAUUCUUUGAGUGGACCCCUCCCAGAGCCAAUAGGAAAAAUACGAGUAAAUGAGAAUACAUACAAUAUCCUGGAUCUAAUAUUCUCCACUCAAGGUCUUGUUGGUCGUGGCACAGUGUGCUAUCUGGCGAGAAAGGAUGAGGAAGAGUAUAUUGUCAAGGAUCACUGGGUCCUCGGGAGUAAAUCAGAGGUCCUGAAUGAAAUUUGUAUGAUGGAGAAAAUGGAUGGGAUCUGUGGUGUUCCUCGCCUUGUCGAAUAUUGGCUUGUGGAGAUGGAACCUGGCAAGGUUGACAAAACAGUGAAGUAUUGUCAAAAGGUCCUGCGCAGCAUAAAGGGCACCUCCCAUACACAUGUUCACCUGGUCUUGAAGCCCCACGUGCAACCCUUGUAUAAAUUCCAUUUGCGCGCAGAGUUCUUGACCUUGAUACUGGAUAUUAUUAAGAUUCAGAAACAAGUGGUAGAGCAGAACUGGGUUCUUCAUCGUGAUUGUAGUUUGAAUAAUGGAAUGAUUGAAGAUGAUGGUGAUGGCACCCAUGGGAUGUUGAUAGAUUGGGAGUUUGCUGUAGACAUUGUACGAGGCAAUCAGUACAGUGUUGGGGGCACAGGCACAGUACCUUUCAUGUCGUGGUCCCUUCUCUUCCAGCUUUACCUCCACACACUGGAUCCAUCCGAUGAGCGCUUGGAGUGGUAUGACCUCAUUAAAAAGCCUAAUCAGUUGCAUUUCGAUAAUGUAAUUGAUCUGCUGGGUAGACACAUCGCUGCACUUCUGAAGGAGGACUCUCCUGGGCUCCUAGUCUCCAAAUGGGUAAUUCUCUCAGCGGCAGGUUCACUCAUGCCACCCCAGAACAAUGAGGAAAGUGUGUCACCACCUGUCGAUGAGACACGACAGAAGCAAGUGGUUGAUCACUGGUGGAUGAUGGAAGCCAUACCCAAGCUGAAGAGGAACAAAACUGAGUAG